AUGUCUCUCAUGAUUACCGCUACAGCGUCUCCCGACUCUAACUUUUCGUUCAGCACGGUCUCCUCACCUACCGAGAGCUUUGUCUCCCAGGCUGACGGCGGGUUUCCCCCAGAGGGUGAACCUGCCGAAGGUGUUGGGCUCUCCGACCCCCAACAUGCAUCUGCUCGACGGCGAAUGCUUGACGUCAUCAAUGCGCUGCAUUUGACGGGCGUACAGGUUGACAUCGACCUUCCUGUGAUCGCCGUUACGGGCUCCCAGAGUGCUGGCAAGUCCUCGCUCAUCGAGUCGAUUUCCGGCAUAACUCUUCCCCGCGCCAGCGGGACCUGCACUAGAUCUCCGACCGAGUGUCGUCUCUCUUACUCGAAGGAGCCUUGGAAGUGCGUUGUCGCUCUCCGAAUCAUUACAGAUAAAGACGGCAGGCCGCUCGGCCAACCAGUCAACGUUGAAUUCGGGGAUCCGAUCCAUGACAAAACCGAGGUCGAGGAUCGUAUCAGACGUGCACAGCGUGCUAUCUUGAAUCCUAGCACGGACUACAGCGUCUUCCUGGAUGAAGACACCGAGUCUUACGGUCGCGAAAUUUCGUUCUCAAUCAAUUCCGUGUGCCUUCAGAUCAGUGGACCCGAUGUGGAGGACUUGUCGUUCUGUGACCUCCCUGGUUUGAUCGCCAGUGUCGGAUCGGCCGGAAGUGCCAGCGACAUUGAACUCGUGAAGAACCUCGUGUCCGCAUACAUCGAAAAAUCCAGCUGCAUCAUUCUGCUGACCGUGGCGUGUGAAACGGAUUUCCAAAACCAGGGUGCUCACCAGCUAGCUAGGUUCUUCGACCCUGACGGGUUCCGGACGAUAGGUGUUCUCACGAAGCCUGACCGAAUCCCUGCAGGAGAGGAGGAUAGCUGGCUGAGGUACAUUCGUAACCAGGAGGAGCCGCUGACCCACGGCUGGUUUUCUGUCAAGCAACCGGAUUCUCGUGCGCUUGCUGCUGGCAUCACCUGGGAGGGUGCACGUCAGCAGGAGCGCGAGUUCUUCGGAACGGUGUCUCCUUGGAGCCGUUUGGAUCUCGAGCACCAGAAUCGUCUGGGCACUGCCAAACUCGUCGAGAGGCUGAGCGACGUACUCUCGGAGAAGAUUUCACAGCGAUUGCCGAGCAUUCAGGAGGAACUGCAGGACCUCCUCUCUGCGACCGACGAAAACCUCAACAAGCUCCCGAAACCCCCAUCAACCGACGCUCUGUCUGAAGUCCUUCACCUUCUUUCGACAUUCUCAAAGGGCUUAGCGCACUUCCUCGAAGGUACCCCGGAUCCAGAAGGGCUACUACAAUCGAUCCGCCCUGCCUGCGACGCAUUCCGGCAGGCCGUCCGGGCAACCGAGCCGGACUUCCGCCCGUAUGAGCGGCAGGCGGCUGCUCGUAACCCGGACGCGUACAGCUAUGUCGUACCCGAGUUCCUGAAGAACGAAGAGGAGAACGUGUACCGGCCGCAAGACGACACGAAAGCGAUCUACAUCGACGACGUCAUGAAUCGGGCGCGCCAGGCUAUCACGCGAGAGCUGCCUCAUCACUACCCGUUCGUCGUGACGCAACAGUACAUUGCCGCGUUCAUCGCGCAGUGGCAGAAACCUGCGGAGGCGCUUUUCCGCGAAGUCCAGCGGAUCCUGAUCAGACACGUCAGGGCCUUCAUCUCGUCGCAUUUUUCGCAGUAUCCGUUACUGCAGAGCCGCGUUCACUCCAUCGUUGCGGACUUCAUCACAUCCUCCUCUGACUCCACAAUCGACCGUAUCCAGUGGUUCCUCGCGGUCGAGAACCGCCCGCGCACGCUCAGCGAGUAUUACUACUCGGACUAUCGCAACAAGUUUCACGGGCACUAUAAAGCAUGUCGUCCGAAAGCCGACCAACCCCAGGCGACCUUCGCCAAGAAGCUGGAGACCUACGGAGAGCCUCAGUCGGACAUGUACAAAUAUAUGAACAAAGUCCUGAAUGGGCUCACGGACAUCGGUCUUCCGGGAACGGUGCCCACUGACCUGGCGAAGCUUCUCCCUGCAGACCCGUAUGACCCUGCGAUCGAGAUUAUGGCGGGUGUCCGCGCAUACUUCCAAGUGGCCUAUAAACGGUUCAGCGACAACAUCCCUAUGGCCGUCGACUACGAGCUGGUCCUCGGGCUCGAUCGCCACCAGGCUCUCGAGAGGGCGCUGCGUCGUGGUCUGGGCAUUGGGAGCCCGGAUGGCCACGCGCGCUGCAGGGAGUAUAUCCAGGAGCCACGCCAAGUCGCCGAGCGUCGCGAGGAGCUGAUAAAGAAGCGCGAGCGUUUGGACACUGCGCGGAAGCAGCUCACGGAGGUCUGGCUCUGA